AUGUGCGGCAUUACUGCAUGUAUCUUGCUCGGCGGAGCAAGCACCAACAACCACACGAACACAUCGUUUUCCGAAAACGCAAUCCUUGAACCCCAGCUCAAUGGCGGAACAUUAGAGAAAUUGGAGGCAGAGCUCAAAGGCUCAAUCGAAGCCAUAGCCCACCGUGGACCGGACGAGUCGGGGAUAUGGAUCAGCGAGAAUGAGCAAGUCGGGCUGGCUCACUGCCGACUGUCCAUCAACGAUCUAUCCUCUGCGGGUCGCCAACCUCUCCACUGUAACGGUGAGGAAAUUCAUGCCGUGGUGAAUGGCGAGAUUUAUGACUACGACCUCCUUCGCGCCGAGUGCGAAGCGAACUAUGGCUAUGCUUUCCAAAGCGACAGUGAUAGCGAGCUUGUGUUAGCACUCUACAAGAUCCACGGUGCGCCCGAGUUCUUCACGUAUCUGCGUGGUGAAUUCACAUUCAUCCUCUACGACAGCCGGGAAGGCGGUCGGCGUGUGAUCUGCGCGCGCGACCGUUUUGGCAUCAAGCCCUUGGUAUAUACGAAGGUUGGGUCGAGGCUACUCGUUGCCUCGGAAGCCAAGGCAUUCUUGCCGCUGGGCUGGAAACCGCGCUGGGACGUCCGAGCCAUUGCGAGCGCUGCAUGGAUGUUUGAUGACCGAACUCUGUUCCGUCAUGUUCGCAAGGUCUUGCCUGGUCACUAUCUUGACAUUACCGAAGAGGGGGGCGUGCAGCAGAUCAAGUAUUGGGACGCUGAAUAUGAAGACAAGGCAGUCGAUACUCGCACCGUCGACGAAAUGGUAUUCGGUGUUCGCGAAAGACUGGUCGAGUCUGUUCGUCUUCGGCUACGUGCUGACGUGCCCAUUGGCAUCUUCUUGUCCGGAGGAAUUGACUCCUCCGCCAUUGCCGGUAUAGUCACGCAACUUGCGCGCAAGGACAAGGUCAAGGUGGGAAACGAACAGACUUCCCGAGUCACCUGCUUCAGUGUAGCAUUCCCUAAGUCUUCCGGCUAUGAUGAAUCCGAUAUUGCUCAACGUACCGUCGAGUGGCUCGGAGUCGACAUGGUCAAGAAGAGCGUCACAGAGAACAAUUUAGCAGAGGAUUUCGAAGAGGCUGUAUUCCACUGCGAGCAUCAUCAUUUCGACCUCAAUUUCGUGGCUAAAUUUGCACUCUCCACCCUUCCCCGCGAGCACGGCAUCAAGGUCGUCCUAACCGGUGAAGGCGCUGACGAGCAUUUCGCUGGCUAUCCAUACUUUGCCAGUGAAUUCCUGCGCGAAGCUGAUGAAGCCAUGGCACAUUACCAUCUAUCCCAAGAAGGCCAGCUUCGACAAAAGUUAUUCAAGUCGGCGCAGAGGGAGAUGAAGGAAAUCUGGCAAAGAGGUGGCGCAACAGUGUAUGUUGAGAGGCCAUCCAUUGCCUCCAUUGCCGGCGUGGGCGCAGUGGACAUGAGCGACAAUUUGUUAGCAUGGCAUCCUGCAAGCAGGGUAUUCCACCCGUGGCUCCGAGACAAGCAAGGCAACGACGACUGCCGUAGGACAGUUCUGGGUUCGCACGCGACCAACGUCCAGGCGAAGAUGAAGCUGCGAUGGCACCCAUUGCACACGGCCAUGUACAUGUGGAACAAGAGCUCGCUGCCUAACAUUCUACUGUCUUGCCUCGGCGAUCGAACAGAGAUGGCACACAGUGUGGAAGCACGCACGCCCUUCCUGGACCACCACCUAGCCGAGUAUGUCAACCGCUUGCCUCCUAGUGUCAAGCUGCGCUACUCGGACGACGCGGCAAGCGCCGCUGCGGACCUGGGUCCCAUCUGGACUAAGUCUAGUGUGGCUCUGCAGAGUCUCGAUGAGAAAUGGAUCCUCCGCCAGGCAAUGCGCCCCUUUAUCACCGACGAGUUGUACCAGCGAAAGAAGAAUCCGUUCUUGGCGCCGACGCGGUGGAAAGUGGGCGGGCCGCUUCAUCAAAAGCUGACCAUGCUGCUAUCAGAGAAGGCAGUGGAAGAGCUCGGCUUUGUGGAUUGGGCGACGAUCCAGGAGGACAUGGGCACUGCUUGGGGCGAGGAAGCUGACCCCGGAGCCUUCCGCCGACUGUUGUGCUGUAGUGCCUGGGUAGCGCUGAGCCGGCGUAUGGGAGUGGCCAAAGGGACUGAAGCUGACUGGGAGGGCACGCUACAAUGUUGA